AUGGCGGCACGCCGCCUCGUGCUGAAUGGACUCACCGCGGAAGUAGGUGGCGAAGCGUGCGUGCCGGCCCUUGCGGGGGAGCGCGAGGCGGGCUCGCCGGACUCGCUAGAGUUCUAUCACGAGUUGGAGCUGUACCGGCAGCUGCUAGCGCUGCCACCUGCACCCGCGCUGAGCGAAGAGCCUGCCCCGCCGAGACGUGCGCGAACUCCCGACCCAGUGCCAACGGCCAGAUGUCACGAUGAGCCGCGGCGCAGUCGAACUCCGGGCGCCGCAAGCGCAGCCCCCGCAGCACCUGCUGCAGAGCGAGCGCGCGCACCACCCGUCGUGCGGCCUGCUAGGAGAAGUGAGCGCCACCGCGCACCGCCUUGUGUCACUUACCCGACUCACACGCCGACGCGCCACGGGGCAGACGACAUCCCGGUCGACUUCGAGCACUUCUCUAGCGAUGUGCUACUCGUGAGCGUUAAUUAG